UUCGGCCCCGAGCGGGGUGGGGGUCCGCAGGCCGGACGAGUUGGAGGUCUCUGGCGCUGGCUUUCUUGGCGCAUAGAGCUAGUCCUCGACAUACGACCACAAUGGAGCCAGAAAUUUCUGUUGCUGAGUGAGACCAUUAAGUGAGCUUCGCCCCGUUUUGCGACCUUUGCUAAGCGAAUUCCCGCAGACGUUAAGUUAGUAACCAGAUUGUUAAGCGAAUCCGGCUCCUCCCCACAUUGACUUGGCUUGCCAGAAGGUCGCAAAAGGGGACUGCAACCGUCAUAAGUACAUGCCAGUUGCCAAGCCUCCGGAUUUUGAUCACGUGACCGUGGGGAUGCUUCAAGGGUCGUGAGCGUUGUGAAAAACGGGCACGAGUUACACGAGUUACAUGGCUUAGGGCCUGGUUAUUUACGGGACCGCCUACUACCACCAAUAGCCUCCCACCGGCCGGUACGCUCCCAUAGAGAGGGACUCUUCCGGGUGCCGUCAGCCAAACAGUGUCGACUGGCGGCCCCUAGGGGGAGAGCCUUCUCUGUGGGGGCACCUACCAUCUGGAAUGAGCUCCCCCUGGAUCUGCGCUCCUUCCGCCGUGCUGUGAAGACCUUUUUAUUCCAUCAGGCGGGCUUGGCCUAAUUUUCUUCCCUUUUAAAUAUUUAAAUUUUAAUCUGUUUUUAAAUUAUUGGGGUAUUUUAAUCUGUGUGGGCCAAAAUGAUUUAAUUUGAUUUUAUCUGGUUUUUAAAUUUCUUGUAUUUAUGUAUUUUAUUGCUGGCUGUUCACCGCCCUGAGUCCUUCGGGAGUAGGGCGGUAUACAAAUCAAAUAAACUAAACUAACUAAACUAAACUAAACUUUUCAUGAGGUUGUGACUUUGAACGGUCCCUAAAUGAAGCUGUUGUAAGUCGAGGACUACCUCUAUUUGCCCAGCCUGCCUGUCUCUCUCCCCCACCCAUCCUCAGCCCACUUUAAGAUGCUGGACUCCCAACUCCCAGAAUGGUCCGGCCGGCGUGAAGUCCAGCUUCUUAAAGCAAGCAAGGGGGAGACACGGGGAGGGGGCUGCGGUAUGUCAGGCUUCAAGAAUCUCUAUGUUUGUGGGGUUCAGAAACUGGUAUCCUCCCCCCCCCACCCCCAAUCCUGUGAUUGACAUAAGGCAUGUUGGACAACAGUGUCAUCUCCUGCUUGCUAAGAGCUCACCCCCUUCACCCCUCGCCUUCGCUCUCUUCCCUACAGCAGUCCUUCUUCGGCCCAGCAGGUGUGGGACCGUCGCGAGAUCCACAUCCGGAUUCCUGAGGCAUCACGGGACCCUCUCAGUCGCAGCAGCGAGCCGGCCAGAGGAUGAUAUCGAGGAGAAGCUUCUGCGGGAGCCAUUGAAGCAUGCAGACUUCUUCAAUCUUCAGGAGCUGUUUUCUCUGAAGGAGCUCUUCGACGCUCGAGUCCACCUUGGCCACAAGAAGAGCAGCCGCCACAGAUACAUGGUGCCGUAUCUCUUUGGCUGCCGCCUGGAGCACGACAUCAUCGACUUGGAACAGACGGCGCAGCACCUCCAGCUGGCCCUCAAUUUCACGGCCCACGUCGCCUUCCGCAAAGGCAUCAUCCUCUUCAUCAGUCGCCAUCGCCAGACGUCCCACCAGGUGGAAAACGUGGCCAAGGAGUGCGGGGAGUACGCUCACACCCGCUACUGGCAAGGCGGCUUGCUGACCAACGCCCCCAUCCAGUACAGUGCGGGGGUCCGCCUGCCGGACCUCCUGAUCUUCCUCAAUACUUUCAACAAUGUCUUUGAGCCUCACCUGGCCAUCCGGGACGCGGCCAAGAUGAGCAUCCCCACCGUGGGCGUGGUGGACACCAAUGCCAACCCCUCCCUCAUCACCUACCCCAUCCCGGGAAAUGACGACAGCCCCUCGGCCAUCAACCUCUACCUCUCGCUCUUCAAGACCACCAUCCUGAGGGCCAAGGAGAAGCGGAGGCAUCUCGAGGCUUUAUUCCGGCUGCAGAAGAAGUCUGCCAGGCCCACGCCCCCCCUCCAACGCCCAGUUCCUAGGGUGGAUGAGGAAAAUGGGCAUCCCAACUCCUCAAGCUAGGAUUAGGAACACUGGGACUUGUAGUCUCUACAUACCCGCUGGACUGUAACCUAACCCCUCCCAUUUCUCAGCCUACCUCUACUACAAGGUUGGGAAGCAGAGGUUGCAGAUCUCAGACUCUAACUAUUAGGGAUGCUGGGACCUGUAGUUAAUCAUUAGGAGGGCCAAAGGUCCCCCGCCCUCCUCCUGUUCUAUGCGUUGCCUUCCCAUUUCAGUCUUCUCUUCUUUUGAGCUGCUAAUUUUUAAAAUUAUGAAUGUUAUUGGAUGCACCAGAUGCACAAUAAUUGGCAGCUGAAGGAAUAAAUUGUCUGGGCAGUA